AUGGGUAAAAAGAAACAGCAGAAGAUAGCACUUGACACCAUUGGUCAUGGCACUUCGAGCCAAGUCUCGGCGGCUCUAAAUCAACAGCAGCAGCAGCAAAGCCCUCUGGUACAAGAUGCUCAGCACCAACAGGCGCGAGGUUCACAGCAGCCAAGUGGACCUCAGCAACGUUCGCAAGGUUCACAGCAGCCAAGUGGACCUCAGCAACGUUCGCAAGGUUCACAGCAGCCAAGUGGACCUCAGCAACGUUCGCAAGGUUCUCAGCAGCCAAGAGGACCUCAGCAACGUUCGCAAGGUUCUCAGCUCCAAAAAGAACCCCAGCAGCAACAUCCGCAAGCUUGGCAGCAACAGAAAGGGUCACAGCAACAUCCGCAAGCUUGGCAGCAACAACAUUCGCAAGCUUGGCAACAACAGAAAGGGCCUCAACAACAUUCGCAAGCUUGGCAGCAGCAACAAGGACCUCAACAACAUCCGCAAGCUUGGCAGCAACAACAAGGACCUCAACAACAUCCGCAAGCUUGGCAGCAACAGAAAGGGUCACAGCAACAUCCGCAAGCUUGGCAGCAACAACAAGGACCACCGAAACAGUCAAAGCAGUACAAGCAACAAAAAGAAAAUCAUCCUCAAAGUCUACGGGCCCAAGAAAAAGAUGGCCCGCACGAGAAAAAACAUCCAGAACAUACGACGCCAACCGCACCAAUACAGACACCGUUCCGAAAACCAGACGAACAACGACCUUCCGGUGGCGGUGCGCCACACCAUGACGGUUCUGUCUCGUCUUCGGAAUCCGGCAGUCCCGGUGAUGGCACCCGAGGGCACACCGAGGAAAACAUCGAGCAGAUGCGCAACACGCAAGAUAAGCGUGGCCGAACAAACCAGCGACCGGUACUGGUGCGUAGCGGAGCGCAAGGUACCAGCGGCAUGAAGGUUACGGUAGAGGCGAACUUCUUCCGGCUGCUGCUCGGCAAGCUGAAGGAUGUGGCGUACCAUUACGAUGUGGCGAUCGAACCGGAUCGGCCGAAAAAGUUCCUCCGCGCAGUGUUCGACCAGUUCUGUCGGGAAAACCAUCCCGGCGCAGUGGUGGCGUACGAUGGCCGAAAGAGUGCGUACACGACCCGCAAGCUAACCGACAAGCAGGCACAGCUAAUGUACCAACCGGACGAUGGUGGCAUAGCGAAAGAGUACAUCGUGCAGAUGAAGGAGGUCGCCCAGCUUGAUCUGACCGUGCUUAAAACAUACAUGCAUUCGAACGAUGCCACGUUCGUCAAACCGAUGAGUGCCAUCCAGUGUCUGGAUGUGGUGUUGCGUUGCGCCUGUGAGACCAAUCCCAACCUUGUCCGCUUCAAAAGAUGUGUGUACAUGGUCCCAACGGAAAGCAUCCGCAUCGGCAAGGUGUAUGAGCUGUGGUACGGUUUGUUCCAGUCGGCCGUGCUCGGGUCACGGCCCUACCUCAACUUGGACGUAUCGCACAAAGCGUUCCCGUGCGCGGCCGAGCUGCUGGAUGUGAUCCGUUACUUUAACGGAGACAACCUAAAGCUCCAAUCCUUCCUGAAGGGCAUGGACGUAAUUUACAGGCGCCCAACAGGCAUUGCAAGCCGCAUGCGGUGCAAUGGCUUGCUCAAGCCUGCCAACGAGCAGUUCUUCAAUUUGGAUGACGGAACGCGUCUCACGGUGGCGGACUAUUUCGCCAACCGUCUAAAUUACCCACUAACCCAUCCCGAUCUUCCCGUCCUCCAUGUCGGUAGUACCGUGCGUUCGGUUUACGUACCGGCGGAACUGUGCGCGAUACCAGGUGGACAAACAUUGACGAAAAAUCCGGAGGCAUGUACGCGCGAGAUAAUCCGUUACGCUGCAACCAACACGCAGAAACGGAAGGACAAGAUUAAAGAGCUGACUUCCAUGAUGCGGUACAACGCAUGUCCGACGCUGUUGGACUUUGGUAUCGCGGUCGGCAACGAGUUCGAGAAGGUACCGGCCCGCAUUAUCGAUGCCCCGCCGAUCGAGUAUGCGACGAACAAAACGAUCACUCCAAUGUCGGGAGUCUGGAAGUCGGAGAAGUUUCUGCAACCCGGUACGGAACGGGCCGGGAGCCGGGAGCCGAUCCGCUGGCGUAUACUAAACCUCGAGAGAAAUAUUAGGGAAGCCACGGUGGAGAACUUUGGCAAAAACUUGCAACAACAGGCAAGGAAGUGUAACGUACAGCUGGAAGAGUUCGAUAUGGGCAGAACGUACGUGUCGGUACGUGACCUUUUCAAUGUUCUACGUGACAUCGGUAAACUGCUCGAAGGCAUCAAGAAGGAUAAUCCUACGAUCACGAUUGUAAUACUACCGAGCCGUGGCGAUGCGUACGCAAAGGUUAAACAGAAGGCAGAGCUAGCCAGCGAGCGUAUCGGGUUGCUGACGCAGUGCAUAAAGAGUGGGACGGUAGCAGACAAGGGUAACGACAUGAGCACCCUUAAAAACAUAAUGCUAAAGAUUAACGCCAAAACGAAUGGUGCAAAUCACUGCGUUUCGCAGACCGCCGUACCGCCGUUGGGGUGCGGAAAAGUUAUGUACAUGGGUGCGGACGUCACGCAUCCACUCAGCGACGAUGCACCGAGUGUGGUUGGUGUAACAGCCGUGCACGAUUUGAUCGGGUUCCGGUACAAUUGCGGCGUCCGGCUGCAGGGUGCGCGGGAUGAAAUGAUCCGCGAUCUGGAGAACAUUGCAUACCAGCAACUGCGGCUGUACCGGCAGCACAACGGUGACCUGCCGGAACGCAUCAUGUACUACCGCGACGGUGUGUCGGAUGGGCAGUUUUCGGAAAUUCUUACCGUCGAGCUGCGGGCACUGCAUGCGGCAAUAGCGCGUGUCAAACCGGGCUACAAACCAGCGGUGACAUUCAUUGUUGUGCAGAAGCGCCAUCACACACGGUUCUUCCCGCACGGCGACGGUCAAAACGGUCAAACGACGGUCACGUCGGUUGGCAAAAACCGUAAUGUACUGCCCGGUACGGUCGUGGACAGUGAGAUUACCUUACCGACACGGUAUGAAUUCUAUCUCGUGAGCCACGCGGCCGUUCUGGGCGUUGCCAAACCGACCAAGUACGUGGUGCUGCACGACGAAUCGAACUGUGCGCCGGAUGAGCUGCAAACAUUGACGUACCAUCUGUGUCAUCUGUUUGCGCGUUGCAACCGGACCGUUUCCUAUCCGGCACCGACCUAUUACGCCCAUCUGGCGGCCGCCCGUGGCCGAGUGUACAUCAAGGAUCGAAGGAUCAAUAUGAAUGAUCUGGAAAAGGCUUCCCGGGACAUUGAAAUUAUUGCCACCGUCGCAGAGAACAAUCCUAUGUUCUUCGUUUAA